AUGAAGAUAAUAGAGACGAUCGACGUGAAUGGGGAUGGAUACGUGGACUUGGAGGAGUUCGGGCAGUUGUACGGGACGUUGCUGGAGGAGAAGGGUGACAAGGAGGAGGAAUUGAGGGAGGCGUUCAACGUGUUUGACCAAAACGGUGAUGGCUACAUCGAGGUGGAGGAGCUGAGGGGGGUGUUACAGUCGCUAGGGUUGAAGCAGGGGGGCACGGUGGAGGACUGCAAGAGGAUGAUUAUGAAGGUGGAUGUAGAUGGGGAUGGGAGGGUGGACUACAAGGAGUUCAAGCAGAUGAUGGAAGGUGGUGGGUUGUCUGUCUUGAGUUGA